AAAAAUUUAGGGUGAACUGGAGAAAUGUUGGAAGAAGUGAAGGCUGCAAUUGCAAUGCUGGUGGUCCAGUUUAUUUUCGCAGGAAUGUUCAUUUUGUUUAAGAUAACGGCCCACGAUGGUACAAAUCUCAGAAUCCUAGUGGCUUAUCGUCUCUCCUUCGCUACCCUUUUCAUGUUUCCCCUCGCCCUCAUCUUCCAAAGGAAGAAGCGACCGGAAUUUACACGAAGAUUGGUCUUAUUAGCAUUUCUUUCGGGGUUGCUUGGAGCGGCUAUACCAAAUAUUCUCUAUUUGCCGGGCCUGGUUCGUACAUCAGCUACAUUUUCGACUGCAGCCAGUAUCCUUAGUCCGGUGAUCACUUUGGUAUUGUCAUUGGCUUUUAGGAUGGAUACUCUACGGCUGGGAUCAAACGAAGGGAGAGCUAAGCUUCUGGGUACACUUCUUGGUGUUGGUGGGGCUCUCGUCUUUGUAUUCUAUAAAGGUUUUGAGCUUCAUAUUUGGUCAACACACGUUGACUUACUUAAAAGCUCUGGUCAAUCCUCUGGCCCUGCCACUGAGAACCACCACCACAUCUCAAUUUCAGGGGUUCUUAUGGUUUUUGGCUGUAACGUUUCGGUCUCUCUUUGGUUACUAUUGCAGGCAAAAAUAAGCAAGGAAUUUGGAGGACAUUGUUGGAACAUAAGUCUGAUGAAUGCGACGGGAAGCUUGGUGUGUAUGGUUGUUGCUCUCUGUUCGGAACAUAACUGGAAUCAAUGGCGAUUAGGGUGGAACAUUAGUCUGCUUACUACGGUUUAUUCGGGAGUCGUUGUUUCAGGGCUAGUCAUGCCUCUUGUUGCUUGGUGCAUUGAAAAAAAGGGACCGUUAUAUGUUACGGUGUUUAGCCCUAUAAGGCUGGUGAUCGUUGCCCUAGUCGGAUCAUUUGCGUUAGAGGAAACGCUUUAUUUGGGAAGUUUAAUUGGUGCAAUAAUAAUGGUGGGAGGAGUAUACCUAGUGGUGUGGUGUAAAAUGAAGGAAAAGAAGAGUGUCUCUACGACAACGGACCACGUUGAGACAAAUAAGAAUAUCAAAGAAGUGAGCCUUGGAAAUCUCUCAGCAGUAAAUAACAGAGAUGUCCCGUGAUUCAACCAUAUGGCUGCAUCAUAAAAAAGUCCUUCGUAGAAAUAGAAUAAAUAAAUAUAUAUAUAUAUAUAUAUUUUUUUUUGGGGGCAAAUAUAUAUAUAUAUAUAUAUAUAUAUUAAUAUAUAUGAGAAUUAAAAUCCAUAAGGCUCUGCUUUUGUUUCUAAUACAAUUCUCAUCCUUGGCACAGCUUGGGCUCCCAUCCAAAUGACAUUGCCUUCUUGAACUCUCAAUACCCGACCUAUACCACGUUGUCUUCCUUCCUUAGGCCAGACCACGUCCACGUUACAUUUUAAAACAGUUUGGUGGUAGUUGCUUCCAUUUUAUAUUAUCUGUUCUGCAAGGUUAAUUAUUUGUUUUUGUAUACCCCUUCUGAAUCAAAAUGUAUAAUAUUUUAGGUAGAACACACAAAAGUAAAAAGUUACUUUUACCUAAAAAGCAUCACUAAAAAUAUGAAUUAAAAAUAAUUCAAUGCAUUAUAAAAUACACUAUGAAAUAUAAUUGGCUGUACAAUUUUCAAUAAAAUUAGAAGUUAUCUAAAAAGUUGAAAACAUCUCGUAUUUUUUAACAUAAAACAUUCUUAAACAUCUUGAUCAUUUGCUUCUGAUCUUUUCACCCACUCCUCUUGAUCCUCCUUGCCUUCCUUAAAGUUUCAUCUUGUAUAGGAUUGUUUAUCUCUCUUUAAGUGAAUCUGAAUAUGUUAUUCAUUGGCGUAGGUGUAUCAAUUGUCCGUGGGUUGAUCGUUGCCUGUAACUAGAAGUCCAAACUAAAAAGAGCAGUAGCUAAAAUUUUUGCUAAAAUAUUUCAACGUAACGUGUACAUGUGAGAAUGUGUACGGAAAAACACUAGGAGAGAAUCAUGACACGUGCAAAUAAACUAUCGGUCAAACCUGGCAACGGGGACAUUUUUAUAUAUACCCACAUACAAAAGAGAAACUAGAAAAGAGAGAAGAAAUUGAGAGAGAGAGAACGAUGAAGACACAAGUGACUAUAGUAGCGGCUCUUAUGAUUCUGGUGGCUUUGUCUUCCACCUUGGAUAUGGUGAAGGUAACGGAGGCUCAAGUAAACUGCAUCGACAGUUGCACCACCGGCUGCGUCAAGCCCACCCCAAAAGAGACGAUCCGAUGCCACCACGAAUGCGACAAAAAGUGCAGCCGAGGUGGUAAAGGAGGAAGUGAGACUGGCGCUUAAACUUUGUUUUCACUAAGAUCCACAAAGAUACAAUUGUGUUGUAAUCUUAUCUUUAUAAUCCUCUCUUUCUAAAACGUACUAUGCAUAUUGUAAGUUGUAACCAAUAAAUCAAGUGGUUGUAGUUCAUCGUUGUGUUAAAAUGGUAAAGGAUUUGUCCCAUGGAUCAAAUCCUCCCACCAACUGUGGACCUCCUUGUUGGCUUUCUAUAUAGUCUAUGUAAACGCUUCAAAGGAAAAUUAUUCAGUUUUCUA